AUGACCCUUGUGGAGCAGCAGGUCUUCCAAUGUCCUGUUCUCGGCAUCUCCAAAAACCAGAUGCUCCGGCUGCCUUCUAGGUUUUUGGGAAGGGAGAAGCUGUCGGUGGCGCGGCUGCAGCGGGAGGUGGCGCAGAGCGAGCGGCACGGAGCCAUGCGUGAGAAGCUGAUACAUGAGUUGGAGGAAGAAAGACAUUUAAGACUUGAGAGUGAGAAGAGACUGCGGGAGGUGACGCUGGAGUCGGAGCGAAGCAGAGCUCAGAUGCGUGGACUGCAGGAACAGUUUUCCAGAAUGGAGGAGACAGUGAGAAAUCUCCUACAGCACCAAGGAUCCUCGGGCCCGAAUGGAGAAGGAACUGUCAGUAUCAUGAAGGUGUAUCAGGAGAAGCUGUCAGAAGACAGUAGAAAAUGUAAAGAAGGUACGGAGAAAAAGCACGGGGCAAUAGAUGAAGAUUCAAGAAGUGAAAGCAGCAGCACUGAAGAGGAGAAAGAAAAGACAAAAUUGCUGUUAGAGCGUUUGAAGGCUCUGGAGGCGGAGAAUUCAGCACUGGCUCUGGAAAAUGAAAGUCAAAGAGAACAGUAUGAAAGAUGCCUUGAUGAGGUAGCUAAUCAAGUGGUCCAGGCUCUACUUACUCAAAAGGAUCUGAGGGAGGAAUGCAUAAAGCUGAAAACCAGAGUGUUUGAUUUGGAACAACAGAACCGAACAUUAAGUGUGCUCUUCCAGCAGAGAGUCAGGCCAGCCUCUGACCUCCUCCUUCAGAAACUCCACUCGCGCAUCUUAGACCUCUCCUCUGGGGAUUUGCUUUUGGAAGUGGAAAGGAACAGAAGCCUGGUGCAAUCUCGGCCUGCCGAGGCUCAGACGCACGAAUGCCAGCAGAAUGUKAAAUCCUGUAUACCUGUCUUGAAAUGCCACAGUCAAUUAAAUAUGACAGGUCUUAGCCGCCUGUAUCCCCGGAGCAGCUGCAGCAGCAGUGAACUCUCCCUCUCAAGUGCUUGCAGUGAAUAUUCCAGUGGUUCCUCCUACACUUGGAACGAUGGGAAAACAUGCAGCAAAAGGUCAUCCAUAACCUGGGAUAAAAGAAUAAGCAUUGGCUCUUCACUCCCGAGCAACCUCUCGAGUCCUGCAGAUGACCUCCAACUACCUCCAACUCGUAUCAAGGAAAACCAUAUCCUACAAGGGCUGAAGAAGCUACAGAAACAAAAAAUACUGCUGGAGACACCUUCAGUAAUAUCAAAAUGGGGUUACAAGGAUUGCAUGAACUCCAAUGAAGGAAUUUAUUCCCCGGGAGUUAAAUGUGGCAGCCAUAAUGAACAGACUCACUGUAAGCCAACAGACAUAGGCAAUAUUUGCAUUGAGCACAACAAAACUUUCUCUUUCGACUCAGAUUCACACGAAGACAUAGACGACGAGUCUUCAUCUUUACUGCUGCUGCAGGAAGUACCAAGCAAGGACUGCAGGAUCUGUUGUAACAAAUUAACUCACAGUGUCUCUGACAGCCUAUUUGAUUGGGACCUUAAUAGGAAACAGUUGCCUGAAAGAAGCUCAUAUUUUAAUUCAAAAGAAAGACCUGAAAAAUUGACAAGUUUUGUCAGUGAAUUUCAGGCAGAAGUAAAAUCGUGCAGUGGAACAGAGCUGCCYGAGUUGCGCUUAGAUCAAAGCCUUGUUAAUACAGGCUGGAAGGACCUUAAUUUUCAGCUCUCAGAUACUGAUGACAAUGAAGUCUUGGAUGAAUUACAUAUAGAAAGCAGCGAUGAGAAGAGUCCAUCAGAUGUGUUAGCGACUCCGUUCCCCGAGCAGUACACGAAGACUGCUGACACACUCGUGGUGGUGGAGAGCUCGCAGUUUGUAUCUACUGACAGAGAAGACCAACAGCCCUCUGCACACUCAGAUAUUAGGCCAAAGACGGGUAGUUUUAUUAAACAACAAAAAGUUAUAAAGAAGACCUCUUCUGAAGAGUGCAUUACUGUAGUAUUCGAUGCUGAGGAUGGUGAGCCUAUUGAGUUCAGCUCGCAUCAAACCGGAGUUGUCACCGUAACAAGAAAUGAAAUUUCAAUCAACCAGCCACAAACUAGGUCCAGUGCAGAAUAUACUCAAGUUAUACCUCAGGGAAUAGCUAGUUUGCAGGCAGGAACCAAUGCUAGAAAGUACACUGCUUUAGAAAGACCUGAAGAUGAAAAUGAGAAACAGUCUGCUGAAGAAAACACGGGGAAUAAAAAUACUGUUGUCCCCGUGACCUGCAGUGAGUCUCCAGGCUAUGGGAGAGCGAUGCUGCAAAAUGCUCCACGACAGAAACUAGUGAAGCCAGUGUAUGAUGUAUCAUACAAGGCGAACCCCAGCUCCACUGUGCACACAGGCAUCACUCAAAAGCCAAACCUGACUAAAAUACCCAGCAGAGGGAAAUUUUCCCCUCAGAAAACCGCGAUGACAGAGAGCGAGGAAACACCUGCCCCUGCAUCUGUGGGACCUGCAGCCCUUGAAAAAUCGCCUGCUCUGCCCCCUGUAAAGCUUUCCAGGUUCAAAAAGGCACAAAGUCCACCUCGUAAUCUGGACUCAAAAGUCACCCUGCAGCUCCCCAAGCCCCCUGCCCACUGUCUGCCCAGCCCGAAGCCUCCAGGUAGAAGCGACGGGAUGAAGAACCCAAAGAGUCCGAGCCCAGGAUCACCACUGUUGCCUCAGCACCUUGUAGAGCCCAGUGACUACCGAGAACCUCCCACCAGAGACGUUCAUUGCAACGCAGCAGCUGUCAACUUCGCUGCUAAUUAG